AAGUUAUGAGUUCGGCCACAGUAAAGCAAACCCAGAGAAGCACAGGAAAGAAAAAAAAAACCUCCGCUAGCUCCACUGCUUUAUGGUGCAACACCUUUCUGCCCAACAAGUCUGUCACAUAACAGGAGUUGUCCUUCCACAGCAAAGGCAGCAUUUCACCAGAAACAGAUCAGAGACAUUCCAGACUUCCUAACACCUAAAUCAUGUUGGCAAAAAAGCUGGUGACUGCACAGAAGCGAGGAGAGACAAGGGCCCUAUGUCUGGGACUGGGAAUGGUCGCGUGCUCCAUGAUGAUGUACUUCUUCAUUGGGAUUACAAUUGUGCCAUUCUACACUAAAAGUGUUUGGACAACAGAAACCAUAUGCAAGGUCCUCAAAGCCAACAUCAAGGACAAAGCCCUCUGCCCCAACAGCGAAAGCUCAGAAGAUGAAGAUAUCUUUCACUACCCUUGCCUACAGGUGUGGGUUAAUCUGACAGCCUCAGGACAAGAGGUCAUGCUGUAUCACACUGAAGAUACCCUGGAAAGAAAUCCAAAGUGCUCGUAUGUCCCCAGCAACUCCGAGAACUCCAAAGAAGUGAAAGCACGAAUAGAAACAAUUGCAAACAAUUUAAAAAAAUAUCAGACUUUCCCAUGCUACUAUGACCCAGGAGGAAUGCAGACCAAUGUCAUUUUAAGCAGACUUUAUCCCCCCAAAGGCCUCCUCUUCACUUUCCUUUGGCCCACGCUCAUGUUUACCGGUGGAUGUCUGAUUAUUGUCCUGGUAAAGAUCAGCCAGUAUGUUUCUGUUCUUUCUGCUCGGCAGUAGAAAGUAAAUAUCUUGCGAAGACUGUUGCUACCUAUUAAAGUGCCUUUGUUCUGUCUUGGCAUUCUGUGACUUUUCAAUACACCAGGAGUCAGCAGGUGGGCAGGCUUUCUAGGCAAACUGAACGAUGCUCACUGCAGAUGCAUGCUAACAGAAAGAUGUUUUAUGUUGAAGAUAUGUUUGUUUCUAGACUCCUAGUCAUGUUCUGAGGCACAUAUAGGUAGAUGCAUUUCCUGUUCUCUGAAAACAACCCUAAACCAAUUUCCACAUUGCUACCAGACACAGGGAGAACAUAAGUUGCACCCUGCAUGCCAUGUUUGACUGGCAUCUGGAACACAACUAACACAAGUUUGUGCAUCAUUCACAGUGGUCUGAUUUAUGAACCACUCAGGACCUGUCAUUCACAAGAAAAUUUCAGGGCAUGGAUAGAAAUCUAAAUGUAUGAAAUCUUAGUUGUAAGAAAUUAAUGUACUGCAAUUCUCUGUUGUUAAAAAAAAAAAAAAAGUUGAUAUGUUAAACCAUUAUAGGCAUUUUCCAGCAUCACUACUGGAACAGCAACAGAAUUUGUGUUUCAUUACAAUCAGAAAAUUGAAAUCAGACCAGAGUACUAAAAAUUAAUUAUUAACAUCAGCAACGCUCCUUUAACAUGUAGAAUCAUGAUGGUUAUUGGUAAUCUCUACAGGGAAGAAGAUUUAAUCCACCCUUUUAAAAUUCAGACUUUGAAAGAGGUGGGAGACGUGGAGGGGGUGUAACAACAUCUACUGUAGGAGGAAAAAAUAUUUCCACGAGAAGAAAGUAUUUACAUCUUCAUAGAACACUUUGUUGAAAUGCAGUGUGUGAAGCAGUGCAUAUGUACAGUUCUGAUCCUUCCCAAGGUGGAAGCGCAGCUGACAGAGGCAGGGGAGAUUUGGAUGACCAAAAGCGUUCGUUAUGAGAUGGGAAGGGAUGAGAUCCUGCCUUUUUGGUUUACUCAAAGCUAAGGCAAGGAUACAAUAACUGCUUAAAAAUAUAUAGCUAUUUAACAGGGAUACAUCUGCUGAAGCUAAUGUGCUGUACUGGUACAAAAUGAGGCAAAUAGACUAACUGUAAAUAGGUUUACCCCAAAAUUCCUUUUCAGCAGUUGAAAUAUCUUCCAUUUGAAAGCUUGAAAUCACUCACAACUACUCCAUACUUUCUCACACCACAGGUAAGCCAAUCACCUAGGCAAGUCCCUGCCAGCUUGUCCCCCAGCCCAGCAAUGCUGGUGAGCAGUGGCUCUUUCUUGCAGCAGCCCCUGACCCCCUCAUAUCCCAUAGCUCUGAGAUGCUCAGGAGUCAGUCACUUGUCUCAGAAGAGCAGAUGCUCCUGAUCUCACUGAACUUGAAGGCCAAUGAAAAGCGUAAAGGCACAGAACUUGUGCUGCAGAUCCCAGCUCAGUUUCCUGACACCAGCUCAGGAACCCAUCCAUCCAUCCCACCUCCUCGCUCAUGGUUACCCCUGACAGCAGGAGCUGAAAAUUUAUUCAGAGCUCUUCCAGAUUUACCUCUACCAAAAACAGAGGACUAAAUGAAAACUGUUAUUUCCCUCCAACAUGUACACAUUGCAAGUACAUGAAAAAAAAAAAAUCUUACACAACCAUCACAACUUCUUCCUUCAAUGAAAUACCAUUUUCCAUUUGGGUAGGAGAUAUUCAGAGUGAAAGCAGCAAGUGCAGGAGAAAAACAUGCAUACACACAUCUUUGUUAUUCUGUACGCUUUCCAAGUCCGUAUUAACAGGGAGAGGGGUUCAAAUGCAAGAAGUCAAAAACUCUUUCAUAGAAAACAAAUAUAUAGGUGUCACAGAUGUCUGCUCUUAUUUUAAAAUAAUGCAUUGUUCAUUAGGCAUAGUUAUCCUUAAUGAGAAACUGUUGUAGAUGCUUUUUCCUUCACAUGUUCUCUUAAAGCAGAAAGGUUUUUUAGCAGCACGCCAGGUUACUGAAAUACUUCUUGUAAGCAUUUUAAGUAUUUAUUGUAUGUCUGCUGAACUUGAACUCACCAAAGAGUGAGACUGAGUUUUCCAAACACUCUACAAGCUUCCUACAGCAGCACAUAAGGAAGCUAUAUACUCCAUAGGUUUUUGUUUUAACAUUAUUGCAUUGUACUGUCAAGUCUACAAUAAAUUUGAACUUUAAGAAA